UGAAUCUUGUCGGUAAAUGAAACCUUACUAGUAUAAAAAUAUCAGCCUAGCUCAAGUCAUAACCAAGGCCAUUGGGCAUUUCUUGAAUUCUCGUCUCUGCAUUCCCUCCUUUAUUUAUACAAAAGAACCAAUAGUCUGGGAGGAGAGAGGAGCAAGCAUUUUUCCAAUAUAAUGGCGUGUGUUUAUAGACUCAUGGUGUUGGUGUCGUUCGUGGUUCUGGCCGCAAAUGGAGCCCUUACCACCCAACAUGUUGUGGGAGGGAGCCAAGGUUGGGGUGAAUCUACCGAUUUCAGCGCUUGGACUUCAGGACGCACAUUCAAAGUCGGCGACCAACUUGUGUUCAAGUACACAGCAGGAUUGCACACAGUGGUUGAGCUUGCUGACGAAAACGCAUACAAGAGUUGCGACACAAGUAGUGCUGUGGAUUCCAUGGACGGUGGAAACAGUGUGGUCAAGUUGAGCAAGCCUGGCACUAGGUACUUCGCUUGUGGAACGCCAGGCCACUGUGACCAAGGGAUGAAGGUCAAGAUCAAGACGGUUGCAGACAAUGGAUCGUCUCCCUCAGACUCUUCUGCAACUUCAUCUACCACAUCCACAUCACCGGCCUCAACUUUCCAAUCUCCUCCUAUUGGAGUAGUCAUGUCAAUGGUCCUUGUUUUGCUUAAUUAUCUAGUUUAAUUGAGAUUAUGUUUCGUUGUUUGAUUUGGAAAUAAUCUUGGGUUUGAUGGAUGAGUUUAAUUUUUAGUAAGGUGUAAUCUUGAGGCUUUAAUUAAUUUCAUUCAUGCACUGUACGUCUGUACCUGUCCGGGGAUUGAAUUUAGGUAAAUUAUAAAAAGGGCAAGUAUGUUUAUACUUGCCAAUUUUCCAAGAGAUAUGAAAGUUCAUACCAA